AUGUUGGAUUUCCAGCCAGAGAGGCUAGACAAGGCGCUAGACCAACCAGCGCCCAGGCCGCCGCCGCCGCCACCGCCGCCGGAGCUGAGUUUCCAGCCACCACUGCCGCCGCCUCCGCCGCUCUUCCAGCCACCGCCGCCUCCGCCUGAGGACCAACCGCUGCUACCGCCGCCGCCGCCGCCGCUGGACGGCCAGGCGCUGAUGCUUAUCUUGCUGGGCCAGCCAGAGGAGCCGCCUCCCGAUGACCAGCCAGAGGAGCCACCGCCGCUCUUCCAGCCACCACCGCCGCCACCACCACUAGGCCAGCCGCUGCCUCCACCACCGCCCGAUGACCAGCCAGACGAGCCACCGCCGCUCUUCCAGCCGCCGCCUCCACCGCCACCCGAGGACCAGCCACCGCCGCCACCCGACGACCAGCCGCUACCACCACCACCUCCACUGCUCCAGCCAU